AUGGAAUCAAAUUGUAAAAAUAAGCCAUAUUUAAGUAAUAGCAACAAUGGCUAUUCUAAUCAUUAUCAGUAUAGUUAUUCUUCGCCUCCACAACAAAAUUUUGUUGCCUUGCCUGUACAAUAUAGUUACUCACCCUCUUCUUCCCCAUCACCUAUUUAUUCUAAACAACCAUCACCACCACACCAAAUUACCUGCUCUCCUCCCAUUACGCCACCACUUCAUAGUAAUGCAGUAAGUCCAAGAAACUAUCAUGAUGCAUCCUAUCCAGAAAGUGAUGCCGCAAUGGUUGUUCCAAGUUAUCACUCACCUUCCCUAUACCCAUCUCCAUAUUACCAUCAUCACCCUAGUCAUCAUUUAAACCAUCCAAUGCAUCUUUCACAUCACCACCACCACCACUCAUCACCACCACACCACUCUGUAAUUGUACCAAAAAUAGAAAUACCCCCAAGAUCAUUAUCACCAAAUCAAACAAUAGUUUCACCAUCAACACAUCCACCAGUUUUAAAUUUAAAUGAUUCAUAUGAUCAUUUAAAAAAUAAUAAUAAUAAUAAUUAUAAUAAUAAUAACAGUAAUAUUAAUAAUUCAAACAAUAAUAACUUUGUAAAUAAUUCAAAUAGUUCAAAUAACAAUAAAGUUGAACCAUCAUCCAGUAAUCCGAAUAGUCCAGUUCUUUCACCAAAAUCAAAUAAUAAAAUUGGUGAUAUAAUAUCAGGCUUAAUACCAAUUUGUAAUGAAUUAAAUAGUAACAACCAAGCACAAAACAAAAUUAUUUUAAACAAACUUCAAGAAUCAAUUGAAGAUGCACUCAAAGAAAUUAAAAAAAUUAAGAAAACUAGACUACCAUAUCCAAAACCCCAAACCUUAAAAGAAAAUGAAGAAAAAACUUAUAUAUCACUAAGACCAAGAAGAAAUAGAAAAUGUACAAACAAGACGAAAACACUUAACCCAAACUCUUCUGAAGAAAUAUUUUGCUUAGCAUGUGGCACUACCAAGAGUCCCGAGUGGAGAAAAGGGCCAGACGGUUGUAAGAGUCUUUGUAAUGCAUGUGGUUUAUAUUAUGCCAAAACAAAAAAAAAAGAAAAUGAAAUCUCUUAUCAACCAGAACUACUUCCAAAACUAAUGAAAAUCAACAACUUAAUAAAUGACUAA